AUGCUUCUUAGCCGGGGACCGCUCAGCUGCAAGCUGAGAAACAUUCGAAGCUGCAGUGACAAUGGAAAAAAUUUUAAAUUUGAGUCGAACAUUUUAAAGUCGGUGACAACCGUGGACAUUCCUCGAGUUGACGUUAGCAGCCUGAUCUGGAGAAAUGUCAAAAAUUGGGAAUUGAAGCCAGCUCUGACUUGUGGAGAGACUGGACGAAGCUACAGUUACGGCCAGCUGAAACGCUCGUCAGAAAAUUUCGGUGCCAAUUUGGGCGUGAUUUUGGGUCUCAAGGAGGGAGAAAAAUUGGGCCUUGUGCUGCCCAACAUCCCCGAGUUCGCGACUGCCUUUUACGGAGCAGCAUCUGCGGGGUUGAUUUCAACACCGGCAAAUCCAAUCUACACAAAAGUUUCAACCUCAGAUGAGUUGGCUAAGCAAUUUGUGGACACUGAAGUGUCGGCUGUGGUCACAACCCAAUCCUUGCUGCCCAAAGUGAGAUCGGCUCUGAAGAGUUCUCUCGGCAGAGGAUGCAUCAUCGUAGUGGACGGCAAAACUGACAAGAAGCAAAACGUCUACGGCUUUCAGGACUUGGCUCAGAAGAAAUAUAAAGGGGCUGACACGCCGAAAAAGCCGGAUCCUGAGGCGCCCGUUGUGAUUCCGUACUCGAGCGGCACAACAGGCUUGCCGAAAGGAGUCGUCUUGACGCACAGAAACCUCGUUGCGGCGAUUUCCAUCGCCGACCACCCAGACGUCAUUCCACAAAAAUCCAUCGGAUCCUUCCAAGAAGUGACUCUCGCGGCCAUACCACUGUUUCACAUUUAUGGUCUGGUCAACAUUUUGGGUUUGAGCUUGUUUCGUGGAUACUACAUCGUAACUUUGCCUAAUUUUGAGCCUAAACUCUUUGCCACCACAUUUUCUAAGCACAAGCCAAGCUACAUGUGCUUUGUGCCGCCACUCAUGUCGUUUGUGGCGAGCUCACCUUUGAUCAGUAGAAAAGCGCUGAGCCACCUGACGUUUGCAGCCAAUGCCGCGGCCCCUCUUUCCAAGCAACUGGUCAACCAACUGAAAGCAAAAUCUGGAAACCCGAAGCUAAUCGUGAAAAAUGGAUUUGGAAUGACGGAGACGAGUGCUUUGGCCACAAUCACGCCAGGCAGCUUCCAAAAAGAGACGGUUGGCCUUCCAGGCCCAAACACUGAGAUUAAGGUUGUAAACGAUCGAGGACUCGCCCUUCCAAUGGGCCAGGUCGGAGAGCUGUGCGUGCGAGGUCCGCAGGUCAUGAAGGGCUACUUGAACAAUGAGAAAGCAACCACAGAGAUAAUGUCUGAAGACAACUGGCUCACGACUGGAGACAUCGGAUACAUCGAUCCUGAGGACGGACACAUCAGCCUUGUGGACAGAAAGAAGGACCUGAUUAAAGUCAAGGGAUUCCAGGUUUCCCCGACUGAACUAGAACUUCUUCUUCUUGAAAUAGACGGAGUAGCUGAUGCAGCGGUUAUCGGUGUGUCAAACCAGACUUCGGGAGAACUUCCCAAAGCAUUUAUUGUAAAGAAGGCCGACAGUAACGUGACGGAGCAGGACGUCAUUAAAUUUGUUGAGCAGAAAGUUGCGCCUUUCAAGCAACUUAAGGGAGGAGUGAUGUUCGUGUCUGAAAUACCAAAGAGCGCAGCUGGAAAAACGCUGAAAAAGCUUUUGGCUGACAAUGAAUUGAAAUAAUCCAUUCAUAGAAAUAUGAAUACUAUAUGCCUUGUUCUUGUCCCCAUCUAAAUAU